AUGGUGCUGGGCGACGUGGGUCGUAGUCCACGCAUGCAGUACCACGCGCUAUCGCUGGCGCGGAUGUCCCCGAACCUGCGUGUGACGCUGCUGGGCUACGCUGGCGAGCACUGUGUGCCCGACGUGGCACGUCAGAGCAACAUUGAGCUAUUGGCCUUCACUCCACACUUGCAGCGACUACCACGCAAGUUGUUCCUGCUACUGGCGCCCGUGAAGGUUUUACUUCAGCUGCUCCAGCUGCUCUGGCUGCUCCUGGUCAGUGCCGGCAGCAUUGACCUUGUGCUGCUGCAGAACCCGCCGACGAUCCCGACGUUCGUGGUGGUCUGGCUCUGCUGCCGACUGAAGGGCGCCAAGUUCGUGAUUGACUGGCAUAAUUUGGGCUACAGUUUGCUAGCACUGUCACUUGGUAGUGGACAUCCAUUGGUCAAGAUCGCCAAGUGGGUCGAGCGCGUCUUCGGGCGCAAGGCCGAUGCGAAUUUGUGUGUCACGCACGUGAUGCAGACGUGGCUAAAAGACACCUGGAGGAUUGAAGCGACGGUACUGCACGACAAGCCGCCGCUCUUCUUCAAGCCCACUCCGCUCGAAGCACAGCACGAAUUGUUUUCUCGGGUCGGCGACCAGUUGGAGCACUGCAACGAUCUGGUGACAUGGGGCAAAAACCAGGCUAACCUUGAAGAAACUCUCCUAACACGGAAGACUCGGGGGCUUAAUGGGAAGAAGGGCAAGACUGUCAUCCAACCUCGUGAAAAUCGACCCGCUAUGAUCAUAAGCUCUACGAGUUGGACUGCAGACGAAGACUUUGGCAUUCUCUUGGCAGCACUGGAGCUUCUGGAUAGGCGCACGUCGUCGCUCAGUGUGUCCGAGUUCCCAAACCUGCUCGUGGUGGUGACGGGCAAAGGGCCGCAGAAGGACAUGUAUCUCGAGAAGAUCAAGCAGCUCGCCUUCCAGCGCAUCCGCAUUGCCACGAUGUGGCUCGAGGCAAGCGACUACCCGCUCGUCUUAGGCAGCGCCGACCUGGGCGUGUGUUUGCACACUUCGUCCUCUGGUCUGGAUCUGCCCAUGAAGGUGCUCGACAUGUUUGGCUGUGGACUUCCAGUGUGCGCCAUUGGAUUCAAGUGUUUGGACGAGCUCGUCAAACAUGAAAAGAACGGCUUGGUGUUCGACUCAUCGCAGCAGCUAUCAAGUCAGCUCUACGAUCUUCUCAAAGGCUUUCCGACGGAUACUGCACAGCUCAAUCGUCUGCGAGCAUCCCUGAAGACGGUGGAGACGAAUCAAACAGUUUCCAAAAUGCGUACAGUACUUGUAGCCAUCUCAGCCAUUUUUCACCAUAAGUACGACCUUUUACUAACGUAUUUCAGUACAAGUGUCAUCCAAAAUCUUCCAAACAAAAAAGUUUUUCAAAAUAUGGCGACGCCCGGAACCUUCUCGCUCGGCAUUUCCCCGGAGGAGAAGCUCGCCCUUCCUCUCGACACGUUGAUCCAGAAGGCGAAGAAGGAGAAACCCAAGGGCAGAGCGAAUGACAAGAAGAAGCCCAGCAAAGGCACCAAGGCGCCGUUGAAGAAGACGCAACUGAAGAAACCCACGAAGAAGAGUCACAAGCAACAAAAUGUCAAGAAGACGGUGAUCGUACCCGUGUCCAAGGCAGCUCGCGCGAAGGCAAACGCGGCUGUGGCAUCGGCCAAGCGCCAGUCGGUGAUCAACAAGCGACGGCCUGGACUCGUGCUCGCCGCUAAGAAGGGCAAAAAAGUCGUCCCCACGGUGCAACUGCGUCCUCACAAGACGUCGGCAGCGCGCAAGCAGAAAAAGAAAAGCAAGCAGGCGACCCAGGGAGGGCUCGACGUGUCCAACAUUAUCAACCACUUUCGCACGCAUCCCAAGAAGUUCGACGUGCCCAAGGGCAGCAAUCUCCGCAUCACCAUCAACCUCAACAACGUCAAGCCCGUGGUUGGCGGACAGAAGUAGUGCAAUGUAUAGCUGGGCAGAAUGGGUCGCUCCUUGUCUUGGCGGUAGCUUUCACCACAUACGCUUUUGUUUCCUUUUUCCAGAUCGCGCUUUUUUGAGUUUGUAGCUUUCGUUGACGUGGUGUUGUUUACUACGAAUGGAUAUUCUUUCCAGCUCCAA